UUUGGUUUGCUUUUGAGUCAUUGGCGUUUGUUAGCCGCGUGAGUCUAGAGCCAAAGCAACAAUAUUUCUCUUCGAACUUUUACCGGUGCGUAUAGCAAUGCAUCGAAUCAGUAAAGAAUUGUUCAGUUCUCUCCACACCAUCUCAUGGAGUAAAGAACUCAACUAGCACAUUAUGUGGUACAGUUGUAGCUUUCAGUUGCAAUGAGUGCUAUGACCUGGUGGGUGAUCAACAGCUUAUGUGUCUGCCAAGUAGUUCAUGGAGUGGUGAUGUACCAAGUUGCAAUGUAAAGAAUUGCUCGGUUCUCUCUACACCAUCUAAUGGAGUAAAGAAUUCAAAUAGCACUUCAUGUGGUACUAUUGUUGAAUUUGGUUGUGAAUCAUGCUAUCAUCUGUUGGAUUCAAAGUCACUGGAGUGCCAACCUGAUCAGUCAUGGAGUGGGUCAGAACCCAUUUGUGAGGCCGACUAUGUUGACUUUAACAAAGACGAUAAUUCGACGUUUGAUUCUCCUGUUAUUAUUUUGACUGAAGCAAGGUCAUCCCUUAUUAUUGAAGACCGGUCCAUGCUGGAUGUAGUUGGGUUUGGAACUGAAGACUGGACAUCUGUAAGAAUAGAACAUCACAUUCCUCAGGGACUUCCAGCAUAUGCUGUGUUUUGGGAAAAGGUUGAGUUCAAUCCAAGUGUAGCUGUUAGUAGGAACAUAUUAACUGCAAUCGAAUUUAUUAGUUUGUCUGGUAAAAUCGCUAAAAGAGAAGAGGCUGAUUUGACUAAUGGCGUACGUACAACUUUUAUUGAUAAUGAAAAUUCUGCCAACUUGACACUUGUGUUGUUGUCACUACAAUAUAUCAAUUUUGACAACCCUCCUCAAGGCAACACAAGGUAUACUGAACUAACAGUGGAGUGUGGAGGAAUGUCGUCAGAAGUUGUAAAUAUAACCAUUCGAUUUGUGGGACUAAAUGAUAACCCACCUGUCAUCGUGAUUGGUGAUAAUGUCACUCAAUUUGUAGAGGGCACUACUACACCUGUGGAUAUCACUAACAACUCACUUGUUCUCAGUGAUGCUGACAGUGAUCAUUAUCAAAUGCACAAUGCUACUGUUCGUUUGGUUGCAAACAAUAUGGAAACUUUUACUAAUGAACAACUUUUAUCAACAGUAUCGUAUCCUGGGGUGACAGUUAAAUAUGAUGUUCCUUCUGCUACACUGACAUUUACAGGGCAUGCAUCUGAGACAGCGUAUUCUUCAUUGUUGAAUGGAGUGAAAUAUAGCAAUACAGCUGAGAAUGUUAGCAGCUCUGAAACCCUUUUUCAACUUGCUGAAUUUGAAGUUUCAGAUGGAAAGUUUUCUUCUUUAGCUCAUGUAAGAAUUGUGUGGAUAAAUGCUUCUAGCAUUUGCACUGUACAGAAUUGUUCGGUUCUUUCUACACCAUCUAAUGGAUCGAAGAGCUCAAAUAGCAUUUCAUGUGGUGCAAUUGUAGAUUUUAGUUGUAAUGAGUGUUAUGAGUUGGAAGGUAAUGAACAGCUUUCUUGUUUGCCAAAUACUUUAUGGAGUGGUGAAGAACCUAACUGCACACUGAAAUCAUGUCCAACCCUUAAAACGCCUAUUAAUGGAAAAAAGGAUUCAAAUGACACCAUGUGUGGUGCUGUUGUUGGAUUUACUUGUAACGAAUGUUAUGAGGUUCAAGGAUACAACCAACUGUCUUGCUUGCCUAAUAGAACAUGGAGCGGAGAGGAACCCAAUUGCACAUAUGUUCAUUGUCCUGCUCUUGAAGUGCCUACUGAUGGAUCAAUUCAUCUAACUGAUAGUUAUCGUUGUGGUGCUGUUGUUUCGUAUGAAUGUCAAAAUGGAUUUGGAUUGCUGGGGACGGUAUAUCGUGAUUGUGUAACAUCAGGACAAUGGCGUGGGAGUGCACCAUCUUGUUUACGUGUCUCAGAAUUAAGGAUAGAGCUGUUAGAGGCAUGGAGCUAUGUGCCUGUCAUGCCAGCAGUGGUGAUUAUUCGUGUUAUAGACAAUGAAGCUGUUACUUUGUAUCGUCGCAUCAGUACUUCAGAAAAUACCGUGCUGAUCGUUGUUCCACCUAAUGCACUCUUGCUUAUUAGUGUAGAAGCUGAUGGAUAUCUGCUCAGUAGUGCUUCAUUUUAUACUCAUCUAACUGAGAACCAUUUACCAAUUUAUAUGCAACGACAGGCAGACUCUGUAUCUUUUCGUGUCAUGUCUAGUUCUGACAUCAAUGUCACUUUUCCAGAUUUUGGUUUUCAUUUCAUAAGACUCUAUGUUCCUGUUGGUUCUUUGGAUGUAGACAUUGAAAGUCAAUUGAAUUUUACAAUUACUUCUGUCAACCUCACAGAUUCUCUGCAUGGUGUACCACACUUGAUUGGUGUUAAUGACAAGGAUCAGUUGUCUCGGGUGAACCUGGAUGCUUAUGUGGCAGUUCAUGUUACUGCUAGAACUACUGUUAAUUCACUAAGUAUCACUCUGUUGAAUCCAGCAUGGUUGUACAUUCCAUUUGUGGUUGAUCGUUUUAGUGAUCAGCUGUUUGUCUGGUUUUACAAUGAGAGUUUGGGAAUAUGGCAAAAUUCAGGCAAAGCUGUUGUCAGCAAGCAGACAUUGAUGUUGGAAAUCACUCAGUUUGGCUGGUGGGCUGCAGCUGUUGAAUGGACUGAGACUAGCUGUAUAUCAGUAGUUGUCAGUAGAACUUCAUCACACAGGAGCUCACCUACUCCAUUGACUGGAAGUGUCAUUUCUUUGUUUGGUGUAGACUACACUUAUUUCAGUGUUAGAGGAACCGACGCUGCUGGAGUUGCUUGUAUGGAGCAUAAACGGGAUAGUUUGAGUGUUCUCCAAGUUGAAAAUGAACAAUUUGGUGUCAGGAGUGGACCUAUUUAUGUGACAAGUCUGAAUCAUAGUCAAUGUGAUGAAGGAAGAUGGUUGAAUGGCAGAAGCUUACACUUAAAUUGCACUAAACUUGAAAUUUUAUUUGCUGAUUGUGGCUCUCUUUCAAACCCAAUUAAUGGUAGUGUAGUUCAAUCGUCAGUGGUGUCUGUGCUGGGAGAUGUGCAUCAACCUACCAUUACGUCAUUUUCAUGUAAUGUGGGAUAUGAGUUAUCAGGAAGUUCCGAGACAGUGUGUUUGGCAAACGGUUCAUGGAGUAGUUCUCAACCUACAUGCAAAUUAACAGAAUGUGAUGAACUUCCUAAUCCAUCUAAUGGCAAAAUGGAUGGCGAAUAUCGAAUUUAUCAGUCCACAGUCUUUUUCUCCUGUGAUGUGGGCUAUUUUCUAAAUGGAUCAUCUAAUCGUACAUGCCAAGCAGAUGGCACAUGGAGUGGACAUGAAACCAUAUGCCAACCAAGAGAUUGUGGCAAAUUUCCUGAACUGCAGAAUGGCCAAAUAAAAGGAAAUAAAACUGUGUUGUCUAGCGUUCUCACAUUUGCUUGUGAUGAGGGAUAUGAAAUUUCUGGUUUUUCAAUAUCUGAAUGUCAGGCAAAUGGAUUAUGGAGCUCACCUAGUGUGCAGUGUAAUGUUGUGGAUUGUGGCAAUCUCAGUGAUAUUAGAAAUGGCAAGAAGAUUGGAACUGCAAACACUACAUUGGGCUUUGAAAUAAGGUUUGAGUGUGACCCGUGUUAUGAGCUUGAAGGACCAACAACAAGAACAUGCCAGGCUAAUGAAACUUGGAGUGGUACAGAACCCUUUUGCAAUAUUAUUUCUUGCUGUGCAUUAGAUAAACUUCAGAAUGGAGAAAGAAUAGGAGAUGAGAGAACUUGCUCAGCAAGCGUUGAGUUUAAGUGUGAUACAGGUUAUAGACUGAGUGGCUCCAGUAUGCGAACAUGUCUAGAAAACAGAACAUGGAGUGGACAACAACCAACUUGCGACUUGGUUUACUGUGAAGAACUAUCAUCUCCAAGUGAUGGCUUUAUGCUGGGCAAUGAGACAGUUGUUUCUUCUCAAGUUCUAUUUGGCUGUGACCAUUGCUUUAAGUUGGAAGGACACAGCAAUCUUACUUGUCUUGACAAUGGCCAGUGGAGUGCAGACCAACCCACAUGUGAUUUGAUUUAUUGUCCAAAUUUGCCAAUUCCAGAAAAUGGCUUAAAGGUUGGAAAUGAAACAAACUGUGGUAUUAUGCAAACCUUUUUGUGUGCAAGUCGCUAUGAGCUUGUUGGUCCAUCUGAAAGAGUUUGCCUGACUAAUGGUAGUUGGUCUGCUGAGCAGCCAAUAUGCAGAGUUGUUGCUUGUGGUGAUCUUGAUCCUGUGGAGAAUGGUUUGCCUGCUAUUGGCAACACUACAUUGGGAUCUGUAAAGAAGUUUGAGUGUGAAGAUUGUUUUGAACUAAUUGGUUCUCAAACGCUGAUAUGUUUAAUGACAGGAGUUUGGAAUGACUCAUCGCCUACAUGCAAUCUUAUUACAUGUCCACCAUUGUUUGAUCUCGUGAAUGGCAUCACAAAUGGAACAUCUAUUAAUUGUGAUUCAACUGUUACAUUUAGUUGUUUUGCUGGAUAUAAAUUGAAUGGUAACAACAACAUCUCUUGCUUGCAAAGUGGCCAGUGGUCUGGCUCUCAGCCACAGUGCAUUGAGGUGAAUGAAUGCAUCUCAUCUCCAUGUCAGAAUGGAGCGACAUGUAUUGAUGAAAUUAAUGGCUACAGGUGUUUCUGUUCUGCUGGACAUCAUGGUAUUUUAUGUGAAACCCCUACUGUUGGUGGUUCAUGUGCUGUGGAAGAUUGCCAUGCAUUUGUUAAAGUUUCAAAUUCGAGUUUCUUUUGUGGUGGAACUUCCUACAUUGAGGAGUUUAUGACUCCACUGUGCAACUUCAUUGCUAAUCCGGGUACUAGCAGACCCGUAAGAGAUUGGGCAAGUAGCACAUGGAAUUGUUUGGUAAGAGUUAUUACACAAGAACUUGAUAUUCUGUAUGGUGGGUGUCAGUCAGACCAACCCUUGCUUUGGGAAUGUCAAGCAUUUGAAAGACAGCUGUUUUCAGUUCAGAAAAGUUGUCUGAAAGAAGACUUAUGCAACACUUUGUUCUCUGUACAUGAUGCCUAUGGCAUAGCUGAUCUGAUGGAAUCAUCGUCAUUUUAUCGUGAUCAGAAUGUGGAGCAGAUACUGGCUUUACUGACUGAUUGUGGGAAAGACAGCAGCAACUUCACUCCAUUGAGAGAUGAGAUGUUGAGAAGAGGGUAUGUACUCUGUUUUACUGGUGAAAGUGAAGAAGCUAAAGCAGAAACUGUGCAACAAGCGUUGCAGUUGAUUGAUUCUGCUACUGAUGGUGGUGGUGUGAUUCAGGAGCUGCAAAGUGUUGAGUUGUGUACUUCAUUCAGAACUCAGUCUGCACUGACUGUAGCUUUGUUAAGCAAUGGAACAGGUGCAGUGAGUCAGGACAGUGUUUGUGAUAGUCUGUCUUCUAUGUCUACUUCUUUAACUCCACUUUGUCCUCAGUGUGGCAAUGGUCUGUUGGAAUUACCAGCAGAAGAAUGUGAUGAUGGAAAUAAUGGAAAUAGGGAUGGCUGUUCAUCUGUGUGUGUCAUUGAAAGUGGAUUUGUCUGUGAUACGAUACCUUGGCAUACCACUAGUUGCAGACAUUUUGACAUUGACUUGAACAAGUUUGACAACUCAACCAGGAAUCGAUCGGUUGUCAUCUGCUAUUGUGAUGAGGUUGUAUUUAUAGCUGAUAAUGAGACCUUGGAUGCAUGUGAUUACGGAGAUAAUGAUUGGGAGAGAAUCAGGCUGACUCUGGUGCAGGCAGCUGAUGUUCAAGAAGAGAAACUUAGUUAUUUGUCAUCUCUUGACAGAGCAGUUUCUGCAGGUAGACUUACUGUUACUGAGAAGGAUGCUCUUUUUACUUCUGCAGUUGAGAAAACAGAUAUAACGAAUUCAAGUGUGAGAUUAGAUAUUAUUCGGAAGUCUGGUGUACAACUUAAUUUGACUCAUGUUCUACUGGCUUUGUCGUACCAAAAUAGAGGGCAGGCAGAUCACAUUCAAAGAUUGGUGUUGAUUGAGGUAUUAGACUUAAAUGGUAUUUCUGCUUCACCAGUUGGAUUUACUGUUGAAAAUAGAUCAAAGUUAAUAGCUGGCAUCAGCACACUUGAAAAAUUGACGUUCACAGAGAUACCACAAGGUGAUUAUGGAACAGGCAUACACAUCAGCAACCAGCUACACAGAAUUGAAAUUGGGGAUGAUAUAGCAGAGGUUACAGUGCAGCUGACUGUUACCAACUGUUCCAGUGCAUUCACUGGUUCUAAUGAGUUUAUUUAUUUGGUUGGAGUUGUUAAUUCGGAUUUCAUUCAAUAUACUCCUGAUGCUGAUGGUCAUGGAUUCAAAGCCAAAACUGUCAUUGUUCCUUCAAACGAUGCUGAUCGUCAGACUUUGAAAAGAGAGUAUGAAGAAUUUUUGAAGUCUUUGCGAUAUAUAAAUUUAGAAGAUGAACCUGUGCUUUAUUGUCCUGAAGAAUCAAAUGUUGUUGUUGAAAGAUAUAUUGAAAUUAUUGUUGUUGACAGUAACGAUCUGCCUUGUAGUGUUACUGUUCGCUGGCCAUUGAUCAUUCAGUGUAUAAAUGAUAUUGCUCCAGUCUUUACAGUUGAUGUGGAUAGAACUUGUUUUGUGGACUCUGUACCAAGUGGUGCAACAGCUCUGUUAGACACAGCCCAAGGAAGAAAGCGUCGACAAGUGUCAACUGCAAAACAACAGGCUCCUGAUAUCUUGUCUGUUGAGGCAUUUGGGUACAUGGGUGAUUAUUUUCAUUCUGGUUGUACUGUGUUGGUCAAGUUAUCACAAGAUACUAAUACACCAGUUGUUCUACGACUAUCUGACAUGAAACAAGUCUUGCAACUGCAUCCCCCACUAUUGAACGACAUUCCUCAUUUUGGUGUCUGGGCUGACAGACAAACAUUGCUGAUCAUCUUCCCAGCUGUGGACAAGUAUAACAACAUUGAUUUCAAUGAAUUGAUGAUUAACUUUCUUGCCCAUUCAGCAAUGGACAACAGCGGUAGUGCAGAUGUAUGUGAGUUUAGUGUGUGUCAAAUGAAUGGUGGCUCAUUUGGUGUUGAAGGCUGGUUCAGCAUCCAGGGAAAAGUGCAACGUAGCUCUGUGAAGACUUUCACAUCACAUAAUAACUGUUGCGUAUGAAGUAGAGCAGAUCCAGUCGGUUGCAUGAUUGGCUUAUGCUCACAUUGCAUGGGAUUUGUUUGUUUUGUGGUACUUUAGCUAUAUAUACAUAUACAUAAAAAUCCUACUUAAC